AUGUGGUUCCAUGUGGAUGCUGCAUAUGCUGGAAGUGCUUGUAUAUGUCCAGUAUACCGUCACUACAUUGAUGGUGUUGAAGAAGCUGACUCAUUUAACAUGAAUGCACAUAAAUGGCUUCUGACAAACUUUGAUUGUUCUUCACUUUGGAUCAAGGUAUAUAGAAAUGCUUUGAUUCAGGCCUUGUCUACAAAUCCUGAAUAUUUGAAAAACAAGGCUUCUCAAGCAAACUUGGUUGUGGAUUACAAGGAUUGGCAAAUACCACUUGGUCGUUGGUUUAGGUCACUUAAACUAUGGAUGGUGCUACGUCUUUAUGGUUUGGAAAACUUACAGUGCUACAUAAGAAACCACAUCAACUUGGCUAAACACUUUGAAGACCUUGUUGGUCAAGACCCAAGAUUUGAGAUCACCACGCCUUGAAUAUUUUCUUUGGUUUGUUUUCGGCUGCUGCCAAGCUCCAAGGAUGAGGCUUUGGCCGACAAACUGAACCAUGAGCUGUUGAAUGCUGUGAACUCAAAUGGGAAAACUUUCAUUUCUCAUACAAUAAGCUCACUUAGCCACUAGUUCAUAUAGUUUGAUA